CUUGUAGGGCGAGCGGGGCGUGCAGGAAAUGGAAGCGUGGGGGGUGAAGCUGUCGCUAGGGCGGAGGGAGAGGCUCAGCUUCGCGGGGCUGAAGAUGGACGACGAUUCCACCGCCCGCAUCGUUCGCCGCGCAUACGCCCUCCGUGAACUCGACAUUUCGAAGAUUUGUUGGGGCUGCCAUAUUACCGAUGAAGGGCUGUACAGAAUUUCACUGACGAAAUGCGCGGCGAAGCUUACGUCCAUCUCUCUGUUGGGGAUGACUGGGGUCAUCGACCAAGGUGUUGGUAAGCUGGUAUGUUUGUCGUUUCGAAGUGAUGGUUCACUUCUGCAGAUGUUAUGUGUGUAGGCUUUAGUCUUGUUCUGUGGUUGGAG